CAGUAGAGUCAGAAGGGCCAUGCUUGGCCACACUUUGAAGUGAUGGUUUGUUAUGCAGUUGUUGAGGGGAAACAAUAACAGAUCCUCUUAAACUCUGACCCCAUAGGAGAGAGUGAUGGGAGUGCCGAGCUCAUUUGCUCUCAAACAGACGCUCGCCCUAAAAACCAUCCCCACACUCACAAGGAUCCUGCUGACCUUCCAAAGUGUGACAUUGGCUGUGCGGAGAGUCUGCUUGGAGUGAAGAACAUAGCACUUCCAUCUGAAGAUUUGUUUUCCUUUAUAAAGCAUAAAAUCGCAACAUGGGAAGACUGGAAUAAACUCAUUCAGCUCCUCACUGAAUUCCAAAAGCAGAAUGUCGAUUUUUUGUAUAGUAAUCUUGAAUUCAUUCUGCCAUUGCCAGUUCACAUCAUUCCAGAAUCAAAAGACCAUGGUAUUUUGCCUGUAACUUCAUGUGCCCCACCAGCGAGGAAGAAUGAGAAUCCUCUGAAAACCCAGCACUCUGAAGAAGGCAGUUCUCUGGUAAAGGCCAAGAAGACGAGGCGUCAGAAGAAGAUGAUCACGUUGGAUGACAGCGACUUGUUUGACACUAGUUUGAAUUAUUCCGAUGAAGGUGUUAGUUGGCCAUCAGCCAUUCCACCCUCAAGCUCAGAAGAGAGUAGCUCUGCCCUCAAACCGAGUGCCAAAGGGAAGAAAAAGAAACCCUUGGAAUCCAACCUAUUUGUUUCUCUUCCUCCUGAAACUCUGGACCAACAAAAAUGCCCUGCUCUUGUUUCUCAUUGUUUAAAUUCACUAACUGAAUUUAUGGAUAAUAUGUCUUUCUUAGAUUCCCUUUUACCUGAUCGAAGGGAACAAAAAGAAUUUGGUAAAAAUGAAGACUUUAACUGGACGAAUGGCAAGGUCAAAAAUGGCCUUUGUGAUGAGUUUAGGCAAGAGCCCAGUGAUGGCUGCACUUGCCGAGGCUCAGAAGAGCUGAAGGCGGUCGUGGAAGCGCUCAGUUUUACCAAGUGCUGUUCCAUGAUUUCAGAAGUUUUGGAAACUUCUUUGAACUCUUGCAAGAAGUUAGGAAAAGAUCCAACCAGGGACCUCACUUUGUGUAUUUCAGAACAGAGAAAUAACGCGUACUUCAGUCAGUCUGCCGCAGAUGUGGGCAAAGCACAGAAGAGGUUGGCAGUCGUAAAAGCUGUAUUUUCUGGUAAGUCUCUUCUAAACCUGGGGAGCAGCAGGCAGGCCAGCCUCGCUGAAUACUUACCGGCCCUCCGGAGCAUCUGUAGGACGGAGAAGUUAAAAGAACAAGAAAGGAAUAAGAGAAGGUUCCUGCACUAUUUUGAAGGAAUUCAUCUUGACAUACCCAAAGACACUGUGAGCCGUUUGGCAGCUGACUUCCCCUAGUGUUCUGUGCUGAUGGUGCCAUGUACAGUAAAAGAUACUGAUUACAGUUUGAUAGUUCAUUGAUUUUCCUGUGUCAUUAAAUUUCUUCUUGAUGUACAGUAAAAAUAGACUUUGUAUAUUUUAUAUUUGUUUGCAAGUAUUUAAAAUAACAGAAAGCCUGGGUUACAAACUGUAUAUUUGGUUGUGAUAGCUCUUCUUUAGACUGAUGUUUUUGUACUUUUCUCUUGUCUGAUCUGACCUUUUUUUUUUAAACUUUAUUUCUUUGUGGAUGAGUAUGUUAUUUCUUCUGGAGUGUAGAUUUAACCCAGAUGUGUCCAGAAAUGUUUGUGUUCCAAGUUAUUCUCAAAAAUUUUCUCCUUCACUGCCACCCUGUUCCACUGACAGGACCAGGGCUUCUUUUAAUUUAAUUAUGAAUUUCAGUAGCAGGACAAUUUCUUCCAAAAUAGAUUUUGCAGAAUUCACCCCCAGCUUGUUUGACUUUGUUGUUGAAAACAUGCAUGUUGCUAAUUUAAGACUUUUAGAACCACGUACCAUAGACAUACUUUGAAGAGAACUUAAUUUCAAGAGUGAAGGAAUUGACUUUAAUUCUAAAAUGGAAGUUUUCCCUAUUGCCUUGAUAUUUAGUGAUAUUGGAUUAUCUAGACAGUGGAGUUUUAUAAAUAUUUUUCUGCUAUCAUCUUUGUCAACCUACCAAUUGUUUUGUACAUUUUUCUACCUUUUUAUACCUUUGAUGUGUAAUAUUUCAUAAAGAUUUUAACAAAGUUUCAUAUGACUGAACAUUUUAUAUACCUUUUUCA